AUGCACUCUGUAUCUAGUUUCCGGAAUUUCAGAUCUUCUCAUAUAGGUAAAGGCAUUUUGGGAAAGAAUCGCAGUCAUCUCCUGCAUCGAACAGGAGCUCGCAGAGCUACAGUUGUGUCCAACCAACACAAAGACAUCUCUGUAAUCUUAUUCUCUGAGAAGGUGGUGAAGGAGCGCACACUGGAGAUGGGAAGGGAGCUUGCAGCUGAUUUUGCAGAGAAGCAACCGCUCAUCAUAGGGACCCUGAACGGCGCUUUCGUCUUCAUGGCAGACUUGGUGCGGGCGAUAGAUCCGCUCCCAGAUGGCCUGCAGAUGGACUUUUUGAGAGCAAGCUCCUACAUUGGCGCGUCCACAACCGGUGAGGAGGCAGUGUCACUGGGCCUUGUGUCCAAGGUACCCAUCUCAGGACGGCAUAUCCUCCUGGUGGAGGACAUCAUUGACACAGGGAAGACUCUGCAGGAACUCUGCGCACGGCUCAAGUCACAGGGAGCAGCCAGCGUGAGCACAGUGACACUUCUAGACAAAUCCGCCAGGAGGCAAGUGGAUCUCCAGCCAGACUACAAAGGCUUUGAGUGUCCGGACGAGUUUGUGGUAGGGUAUGGAUUAGACUACAACGAGCAUUACCGAUCUUUGCCUUACAUUGGCGUAUUGAGACCGGAGUGCUAUUCAUGA